CACGAGACAGACCAGCUGGCCAGGACGGUACCGAUCUUUCACCCCAUAUCGCUGUGAUUUCAGCUUCCGCCGUGUCCUCUCGUUACUGAAACUCGACCACUGCACCCUCACUAUGGCACAAGACCCACGAGCGCUGCUGCAAAAGGCAGAGAAACAAGCGCAAGCUGCCUCCGGAGGCUUCUCCUUCUUCGGCGGCAAGACACAGAAAUUGGAAGAGGCCGCCGAGUUGUACACACAGGCCGCGAACGCAUUCAGACUACAGAAGGAUGGCAAAGCAGCGGGGCAAGCGUUCGAGCGCGCGGCGCAAAUACAACAACAGAAACUCAACGAGCCAGAUGAUGCCGCCAACACCUUGACCGAGGCAUACAAGGCUUACAAGAAAGACGAGCCAGAGGAUGCGGCGCGGGUACUUGAACAAGCAAUUCAGCACUACACAACGAAGGGCAACUUCCGAAGAGCAGCCACGCAUAAGCAGAACUUGGCGGAGCUGUACGAGAUCGACCUGGGAGACGACAAGCGGGCGCAGGAAGCAUACGAGACUGCAGCAGGCUGGUUUGAGACAGACGGUGCUGAGCAACUCGCCAACAAGCUGUACCUCAAGCUCGCAGACCUCGCAGCCCUCAAUGGCGACUAUCUCACAGCGAUUUCCAACUACGAGCGCAUCUCCAAAUCCGCCAUCAACAACAAUCUCAUGAAGUGGUCUGUCAAGGAGUACUUCCUCAAAGCCGGAAUCUGCCACCUCGCCAACAACGACAAUGUCGCUACGAAACGUGCCAUCGAAUCCUACCGCGUUCUCGACCCGGCCUUUGAGCAAACACGAGAACACCAACUACUCGCAGAUUUGGCCGAAGCUGUGGAGGAAGGCGACCAGGAGAAGUUCGCGGACAAGCUGUUCCAGUAUGACCAAAUGUCAAAGCUGGACAAGUGGAAGACGACGCUGCUGUUGAAGGUCAAGGACAAUAUUCAAAGCCAGGAGGAAGACUUUGCAUAGUCGAAUGCUGGGGCGCGGGCGCGGGCGUUGGUGUUGGGCCAAUAUGCCGGGCGGAGUAGUACCGUUAGAGCAAGAAACCAGAUACCCUUUCACGACAUAUUUGCGGCUGCAGUC